ACUGUAGACCCUACUCUUUUUUAUGACGCAACAAUCGGUCUUGCUUGCUUUGCGUGCUGCGCGCGUAUCUCUAUACUCCUCGUUUCGUUUGCCACUGCCAUCGUUCAUUUCAUUCCUUCAUUCCGAUUUUAACUUACGCGUAGGUUAGUCGCGCGCUUCCCGCUAUUUUUAAAAACACGUGGCGCGGUGAACCAUAAGCGGAAAAUUAAUUCUGGUCGCAGGUAACCAGUGCCAUUCCGACCGACACAAUGGUUAAUGAAUCGAAUGGCGGCGUGCCUCCGCCGCAGGAGCUCGAGACAUUCCUACCUCAGGAUGAGAGGAACAAAGAAAAAAUCGUCAGCAAAUACAACAUGACCAAAGAUGUGGAGUCGGCCGACUUCGACCCGUUCACAGAACGGAAGCUGGACAAUCCGACUUCAAACAUGGAUACACUAACUCAUCUACUGAAGGCGUCACUAGGUACCGGCAUCCUGGCGAUGCCCAAGGCGUUCAAAAGCGCGGGGUUGAUCUCCGGCAUCUUCUUCACUGUCCUCGUCGCUGUAAUCUGCACUCACUGCGCCUACGUACUUAUCAAAUGCGCCCACGUGUUGUAUAAAAAGACGAGAAGAACUACCAUGAGUUACCCAGAAGUAGCGGAAUCCGCACUAGAAAAUGGGCCUCAGUGGGCUCGGCGAUGGGCUAAUUCUUUUAGAAUCUUUAUACUCGUGAGUCUCUUCUUGACGUACUUCGGUACGUGUUCCGUAUAUACUGUGAUCGUCGCCACAAAUAUAUCGCAGGUGGUACUUCAUUAUAUGGAAGAUCACAAGGAUGUUCUCGGGAUUAGAAUUUUCAUAACAGCCCUGCUGUUGCCACUUAUAUUGAUGGCGUGGAUUCGCAACCUGAAAUACCUGGCGCCCGUAUCCAUGAUUGCUAAUUUGUUCAUGGGUGUCGGUCUUGGAAUCACUUUCUAUUAUUUAGUUGGAACUGGCGGUCUUAGUUUCGACAAGGUGACGGCUGUGAAACCACCGGUGGAGUGGCCCGAGUUCUUUUCACUGACCAUCUUUGCCAUGGAAGCCAUUGGCGUGGUUAUGCCUCUAGAGAAUGCCAUGAAGACUCCCCGGUCAAUGCUCGGCUUCUGCGGAGUUCUCAACAAGGGCAUGUCCGGCGUAACGCUGGUGUACAUUCUCCUUGGAUUUCUCGGAUAUCUACGUUACGGCGAUGACGUUCAGGACUCCAUUAACCUUAACCUGGAACAAGAUCAUAUCCCAGCCCAAAUCGUCCAAAUCGCCAUUGCCGUCGCUGUUUAUUGCACAUUCGGACUUCAAUUCUUCGUGUGCGUCGACAUCAUGUGGAACUGUAUAAAGGACAAAUUCACGAAGCGACCAGACCUGGCCGACUACAUCAUGCGCACAAUAAUGGUCACUGUUUGCGUUCUGCUAGCCGUUGCGGUCCCGACCAUAGCACCGUUCAUGGGAGUCAUCGGCGCCUUCUGCUUCUCCCUGCUGGGAUUGAUAGCACCAGCCUUCAUCGAAAUUAUCACCUUCUGGGAAAUCGGCUACGGUCCCUACAACUAUCUCAUUUGGAAGAACAUUUUGGUUCUUCUGUUCGGCAUGUUCGCUCUUGUCUUCGGUACCAAAGACGCAGUUAUAAGUAUAAUCAAGGUGUAUAGUGCGUAAUAAAAAGCGCAGUUUGCAACCUCUGGCUGAUAUUUAUGCAAUGUGAUGUCUGAGUGAGUGUAAACUAACGUGUGAUAGUUAGUUAGUGUUAGGUUACUAUGUAAGUUUAUUUUUAAUACUUGUUUAGAGCUAUUUUCAAAAGUCCAAUCUACUACCUGCACGGCGGCCCGAUUUUGGACCCCGCUUAUGUGUGGUGUUAAUUAUCUAUGUAACGUUUUAAGGCUGCGCCUUAUUUUGCUACCCUCGAGUGUUACAUGGGUAGACGACCUUUGUUUUUAUUUUAUGUGAUUACAAAGAUUAAAAUUUCGUUUGCAUUCCCAAUUAGACAAUUUGCAUGAGAAAAAGAAUGUGGCAGAUUAAGUGUUUAUGAAAAAAUUAUAAAAAACUAAUAUCGAUGAAUGUAUGGUACACGAUGACUGAAUGCUUACGGCCAAAUAACUUUAAUACGGUUUGUGGUGAAGAAAGAAUUCUUAUGUUGUAAUAAUUAUGGCAAAAUAUUGACAAAUUAAAGGUGUUUCUCUCCCUUAGGGAACGCGCAGUAGGCACGUGAAUGAGUCGUUCAUUUGACCCGGUAGGCAGCCAAGUAUUGAUGAUUGCAAUUACAUUUUUUGAACUUUCCCGAUCAAACAAGACAAGUUGACAAGAACUACGACCAAAAAGUAUAGUAAUGUCCGACGACCGACAUUUUAGUCUCGGGUCUCACAGAACACUGAGUAGUGAAACUCGAAAUAAUCUAGGUAUUUGAAUUAUCGACCCGUAUGAUCCGGUUCGUAAGACAAAUCAAUACUUAAUGAUCGGGUCAUUAGAAAUGAAUGAAUGACUAUGUCACGUAUGUGUACAUGUCUACCGCGCAUAGAUGUAUAGUUUUUAAAAUUUAAUUUAUUUUUGGAAAAUCAUCGUUCAUAGAGAGUAAAGGGGAGAUCGGGGCAAAAAUAUAUACCCCCCCCCCCCCCCCGCCGCAUUAAUGUAAAAUAAUAACGUCACUUUUUGGGUCUAAGAAAAAGAUGUGAUCUCUGCAAAUAGCAUUGUAUAAUGAUAUCUGUGUCACUGAAACCUUAAAUAAAGUUUAUAAAUUAAUAAAAAUGAUUAAUAAGGCCAUAUCAGUUAUUGGGUUUCACUGUCAAGAAAUUCUUAUGUAAUCGGCGGUGUUUUACCCCCGUGCCUCGGAAAGCACGUAAAGCCGUUGGCCCAGCGAUUGAUCUCUCUCCGGUCGUAUCGGACGGCCGCCCCAUCGGACUAUAAGAGUGAGGGAAUAGAGAAUGAACCUAUGCUUUUGUGCACACAUGUGCAUUAUAACCCUGUCCUAAGCAGAUGGUUAGUCUCCAUUAAGACUGGGCGUGGAUAUUAUAAAAAAAAUUACAAUGUUUUAAGAAACACAGAUAACAGUACACAAUAUAAUUCAAAUGACAGCAAAUUUUUUUACCGAUAAAAGUGUGUUUCAUAACGUACUUUUAGAGCGAAAACGUAUAAAUAUUAAAAGGUGCAGGAAACCUGAUUUUAUUAUUUAUACAUUUUAAAGGCUCAGACUAACAAAGAUAUAAAGACGGAGCGUUGCGUACAUUUCCAGUAGGGUAACGCAAAAACCAAGCUACAACCAUGCUCAAUCUAUUGUAAGAGCACACUUACACAACAUAUGCAUCUAAAAUCAUUUGCAACCAACAUCAUGGUUUAAGGUGCAUACGAGUAUGCUUGUGCUACGGUUGAAUCUUUAGAAUCCGAUAAACAAUGAAUGAAGAAAGAUAAGCGCGUGAGUACGUGUCAAGUAGAACAUGGUUUUGUCAUCAGCUGAAAUGUGCACAGCGUCUAUCUUCCUUUGUUGGUUUGUAAGAAAAGGUACGGUGAACAAAUUUCUGUUUUUAACGACAACUGCACCGAGUAUUUUAUAAGGGAUUUAAUGUGAAGUCGCAUUUAAUGAUUUAUUAUAAUUUUAUUAUUUUAUAUCAAUGAAUUUCGCAAGUAAAAUAGAAUGUUUACAGUGUCUAAAUAUAAUAUGCUAUAUUUGCAUAAUUGAAACAUAAAUAUCAUAAGAGGCCUUACACAUUUACAGUAACGUUUUAACGAAUUUUUAUAUAUUUAUAACAGUAGUUUUAAUAUACCCAAUUCAAAAAGAAAUAAAUGGUAUUAUUCAAUAUUUAUUGGCGCUUGUAAUAGAUGGAAUAGUGUGUUUUUAUUUUUGGAUUUGCUUCACUCCCUAUUAAUCAUAACGGAGUAAGCUAUGCUGGACCAAGUAUUGGUGCCUUUUUAUAAAUUAUUUGGUUUUAAAAUUGUUACCAUUAUUUUGAGAAGUAUAUAUGUGUACAUAAAAGUUUUAGUAGAAACUAGCUCCACCACGACUUCGCGCAGAAGUUUUGAACUCAUUAAGAAGUUGUACAAGUAAGUACACUUGUAGUGACACACAUAGUCAUGCAAUAAACACAUACAAAACUAAGACGUCCUCAGAGUUACUUUGAACAACCUCUCUGAAUUCUAUAUCAAUAGACUCAAUAGUUUUCAUUUUACAUUCGCAUUUACGAACAGAUAAACAGUACCGAUGGUUUACGUAAAUAAAAAAACAUUUAGAAUAUGAACUUCUAAAGGUAUACACAGUGUAGGAUUUAAUUAUUUGUAUAGAUUUAAGAAUUAUGUUAACCCUACAAAGUUCCUAUAUGAUUCUAAAUUUUAUCAUUAUUAUUUUAUUCCAUCUGAACCAGAGACUUCAAUGUUAUUAGCGCACUAGCGUUGGUUUUAAAUAAAGAGAAAUAAAUAUGAUUUUUUUCAAUAAAUAUCAUGCAGGUUCUACU